AAAAAAAGCAUCGUUCCGCGCCUUAUCGGACCACCUCCUUGGACGUCUUCUUGAGUAAGGACAGCCGACCAGCCGCUUCAGUCAGUGUGAAGCCAUUGAACGGAUCGGUCGAAGAGCUUUCCCGUACCAGCGAGCCUAGGCUGUGAACAUCGAGAAGGAUGGUGAAACCAAUUUCAGAGAACCCGCAGGGCCAGUUCUCGGUCGAGGACUAUACCGUGUUUACGAUCAUGCUCGGAGUGUCCACCGCCAUCGGUGUGUACUUUGGAUUUUUCCAGCGCAAGACAAACCAAACGACUGAAGAGUAUCUGCUGGGUGGAAGGAAAAUGAAAACGUUUCCGAUCGCAAUUUCACUGAUCGCCAGUCAGCUGUCCGGCGUGUCGAUAAUGUCAGUUCCGGCGGAAAUGUACUCGUACGGGGCCCAGUAUUGGAUUAUUGCACCGACAAUGCUGAUUAUCACGCUGAUCAUCAACUACAUCUUCGUACCGGUGUUCUAUAACAAUCAGAUCACGAACUGCUACCAGUACCUGGAGGAUCGCUUCAGUCCGUCGGUGAAGAAGUUCGUCACGUUUACCUACGUGCUGAAUAUCUAUCUGGUGCUGCCCAUCUUCAUCUUCAUACCGGCGCUGGCUUUCUCGCAGGUCAGCGAUAUCAACAUUCACGUUAUCAAUGGAAUCGUCUGUGGUGUUUGCAUCUUCUACACGAUGCUCGGUGGCAUUAAGGCCGUCGUGUGGACGGAUGUGGUCCAGGGUAUGAUCAUGUUCGCGUCCUGCUUCCUGGUCGUGAUCAUUGGCGUGAUAAAGAUCGGAGGGCUGUCGGCAGUGUUUGAGCGUGCAGGAGCUGGUGAUCGAUUGGAAAUUUUCGACCUAACACUGGACGCAACGACACGACAAACGUUUUGGACAUCCAGUGUUGGAAACAUAUUCCUUUGGACCGGUUACCUCGGCCUAAGCCAGAGCUGCGUACAGCGAAUCGUAGCCGUACCGAGCAUGAGCCAUGCCCGAUCAGCCCUCUGGAUCUUCUGUGUCGGUUUCUUCAUUAUAACAUCGCUGAACUGCUUCACUGGCAUCGUUAUGUUUGCAAAGUACUUUGAUUGUGACCCGAUCAAGGUAGGACUGGUGCAGAAAGCCGACAAACUGUUACCAUUUUUCGUGCAGGAUGUGGUCGGAAAUCUGAAGGGCAUGCCCGGAGUGUUCAUAUCCUGCGUAUUCAGUGCUGGUCUAAGCACGAUGUCCGCCAAUCUAAACUCCCUAGCGGGGUUAGUGUACGAGGAUUACAUUCGACCAUAUAAGCUGUUUAAGCACACGGAUGCAUCAGCUAAUCUCACGAUGAAGGUGCUCAUUCUGGUCAGCGGUGUGUACUGCAUUGCGAUGGGUUUGAUCGUGGAACAGUUCGGUCAUCUGCUGCAAAUGGUGGUAACGAUCGCAAGCGUAACACAGGGUGCCGUCAUGGGCAUAUUCUGUCUCGGAAUGCUGUGGCCAUGGGCCAACAAACACGGUGCUCUGUGGGGUUCGGCUUCGAGCGUUAUCGCCGUGUCCUGGAUCAUCUCGGGAGCGCAGAUGGCCAUCAGCAAUAAACAGCUCGCGUACCCACCGAAGUCUACCAGCGUCGAAAGUUGCUACGAGUACGGGUUCAACGUUACGGCGAACGACUUCCCUACCUUCCAAGCGCCACAGGACGAUGCAGAGUUUUCUAUCUACAACAUCUCUUUCGUCUGGUACUCGACCGUUGGCACGUUGAUAGUGUUCCUGGUCGGCAUACCGGUCAGCUACUUGACGGGAUCACAGGAUAUGCGUAACUUUAAGGCAAAGCUGAUCGCUCCACUCGCACAAUGGAUGCUUCCGGAGGAGGUACGCCAGAACGAUUUCUCACUCAAGGAAGUUAACCGAAAUUCGGACCCAAAGACGGUAAAAGAAUGGACCUUCACCGUCAACGAAACUCAGAAAUAUAAGGAGCGAAACGGCGUGAUCGAACAGACACUUUGAUUAGGACUUGAGGUUCCCAAACUUAAAACUAGGAAAGUACGUAUAACUUUAGCGUCCAGCGAUGGGUGUGAGGGUCAAACCAUGUAGGUCUAGCGUCAUGAAAUGUGUACCUGCACGCUGGACUCACCGUUCCUCUCACUGCUUCCAAGUA